AUGGCCGUGAACUCCAUCUACUGCUCGAGAGACGAAGUGAAUGCCUUCUGGGUGACGGUGCAACGGACCGAGGCCGCAGAGCGAUGCGAGCUGCGCGGCGCCUACGUGCUCAAAGCUGAGCGUGACAGCCUCGUCCUGAAGGACUCACGGACAAAUGAGAUCCUCUAUGUCUGGCCCUACCGGCUGCUCCGGAGAUACGGCCGGGACAAGGUGAUGUUCUCCUUCGAAGCUGGCAGGCGCUGCGACUCUGGCCCAGGGAACUUCACCUUUGAGACCAAGCAGGGCAAUGAGAUCUUCCGCCUGGUGGAAGCCUCCAUCCGGGAGCAGAAAGCGCAGGUGGAGGAGAACCAGCAAAGCUGUGACUCACUGGAUUCGGACAGCCCCGGCGUGGUGCUGAUCCGCCAGGCCCUGGCUGACUGCCUGAGCCUGGAGAUGCCCGUGGAGGGGGAUGACACCCUGGCACCCAAAGUGGGGCUGGCGCCCAGGCCCAGUGCAGUGGCAGAGGAGAGAGACGCCACGUCUCUGCUGAAGACCCGGACUCUGCCAGAGCUCCCCAUGCAACAGGCCAAGCCCGCAGUCCCGAGCACACCGCCACGCUCCCCUCUGCCAAAGGUACCCCGCGCCAUGCCGCUGACCGAGGACACCUCCAGUGUGUACUCGGAGCCCCUAGACUCGGUGAAGGGCCUGCGGGGGCCGCUGUACUCGGGCACGUACAAGCAGGUCCGGGCCGAGGGAUGCGGCCAGGCCCCCGCGGUGCCUGGGCGGAGGGAGCACAUCUACGAUGAGCCGGAGGGUCGCGCUCCCCGCUCCCUGCCCCCGCCCACCUGCAUCUACGACGAAGCGCGGCCCCCCGGCGAGGCGCGCACCCAGGGCCACGAUGGCAGGGGCGGCUACGAGUAUCCCUACAACCCUAGUACUGACGACUACUCGGUACCCACCUUCCAGGCCAAGGCCAGGGGCCCCAAGCCAGUGCCCGCCCCCAAGCCUCAGGCAGCUUUUAUCCCUAAAGGUGCCGAGAGGAGCGGAGACCCUGGCAGGCGGUGGGGCAACACUGCUCCUGAGAAGGCGGUCAUCAAACCCAGCUUCAACAGCAGCAGCCAGGUGGUGAGGCCCCAGCACGUGCAGAAGAAGGAGCAGUCUGUGGACGAGUGCAGCUUGUCGCCUGUCUACGAGGACUUAGGAGAGAUAUAG